AUGUUUUCAAGCAUCAGAAACUUUUUGCAUAGACACAGAAGAAAGCUUAUUGUGACUGGUGCUGUUUUUGGUACUGUUUAUUUGCUGAUGAGCUAUGCCCAAAAAAGACUAAGAGAAUGGCAGGAAAAAGAGGCCAAAAAAUUCUUUGAAAUGACUCGAAAAAAGCAACACUUUGAAAGCACUGAACGCACAUGUAAUCAGACAAUUCUUUCUUUAUCAAAGAUUGUAUCUGAAAGUAUAUUGAGUGUACUUAACACUGAAGAAAUUGUACAAAAGCUGAAAGAAAAUCCUGAGAACAAAUUGUUAUUAUGGGAACAAAUGAAAGUCAUGAUAUUUACACGGAUAUGUGUUUUAGUUUAUGCACUAUCUAUUUUACAGGUUACUUUAAGAGUUCAACUCAACAUCAUUGGUGGUUACCUGUAUCGAGAUUCCAUACAUGAAGAAGAACCUCUCAUCAGCAGUGAACUGCAAGCAAAAUACUUGUCUUUAUGCCAUCACUUUGUAGGACAAGGAGUAGAAGAUUUAGUCAAACAAAUUGAAAAGGCUGUGAAACGAGUUGUAGAACCAGUAUCAUUAAAAAAGAAAAUAACAUUACAAGAAGUGGAGCGAAUGUUCUGGUCCAUACAAACAAUAUUGUGCACAGACACAUCUGAGGGUGAUCCUGUAAAGAAAAUGGUUCACUAUUUGGUACAACACACGGAAAUAACAGAUGCAAGGUUGGAUACUAUAGUCAAAGAAACAAUGGAUGUGUUGGAGAGUGACGAAAUUACUACAGUAGCAAUGUCAACUGUGAGCAGAAGUUUCUCCACUGUUGUGGAUGAAGUUGCUAACUUGUUUGCAGUGAAAUCUGCACCAACAAAUAAAAACCAUUUGGAGAUGGUGGAAGAUCAUGUUGUGACUAAUGGAGCUUUAAAGCUAGGGGCUAAAGUAAAUUCAUUUAUUGAUGUAAACAAAGUAGAAAUUCAUUUUGUUAAACUUUUGCCAGUAAUCAAUGAACUCAUUACAAAGAAUACUUGUAAAGGCAAUAGCAACAUUCCAGAUUUGUUAACUCAGCAGUUAACGCUAAAUGACAAGUUAAAACUAUUAGGUGCAAACAUUUAUGAAGUGUUUAGCAAUGCAUAA